AUGACAGUAUACGGAUUACCACUAGAGAUUCAGAGAAUGGGCUCCGAUGAGGUCGAAAUCAGGGAGCUUGGCACUCUCGUCGUAGUAGUCGGCAAAGCGCGCAACCUUCCCAACAAAUCUCGAUUCGGAAAACAAGAUCCAUUCUGUACUCUGGCAAUCGGCGAAGAGAAGCAGAAAACCAAGCCGAUCAAGCGAGGUGGCCAACACCCAGAAUGGGACGAAGAGCUUAGGUUUUCGAUAUUCGAAGAUGUCGACGACGUCAUUCAGCGGUCCGACUCUCAAUCCGAAGACCUCAAUGGGUCUCUGAAUGGCAAGCCGGCACCCCUCCCCAAAGAUUCUGGAGUCAUCACAUCCGCCGCCCUCGCCAGCAAGAGUAGGAAAGGAAAGAAGAAGGGCGGGAAGAGUAUGAGAAUACAGUGCUAUGCGGAUGAUGCGAAGGAGCCAGAGUUGAUUGGAGAUUGUGUGGUCGAUCUUGAUGAGGCGCUGAAGAAGGGAGAAGUCGAUGAGUGGUACGAAUUUCAAUACAGAGACAAAUACAGCGGCGAAGUUUAUCUCGAGCUCACUUUCUUCUCAAACGAUGCUCCGCCUGUACGCCGGAAUGUACCAAGACCCUCAAUCCCUGGAUAUUCCACGGCAGGGAGUUUGUUGGCUUCUGGGUCCUCCAUGAGCUUGAAUUCAGUUGCAGGAAAGGGCAGUCUACCGUCGUUGGGUCAAGGGGGUAGCAUAUCGGGAGCCAAUCUCUACAUACCUCCGUACGCGGCUCAAGCUGCGCGUGUACCUUCGCCCGUACCGUCCUCGAAUAGCUUUGGAGAUUUAGGACUGCCUCCUGGACAUAGGCCUGGUUCUGCUCUCCCUAUAAAUCAGCCGCCUCAAGCGGGCUACCCUCCCCGGCACACUCCUUCACAUUCUUUAGGUGGCGGUAACUCUAUAGAAUCCCUCACUAGACCGAUGACAUCAAUGUCGCUCAACCCGCCCGCCCAAUACCCACCUCAAUCGUCUACUCCGGCGCCGCCUGCAGCCUCUGCGUCAAGCUUAGGUCACUCUUACGGGGCCCAUCGUCACUCCUUUGGAGGUCCAUCAGACGCGCCAUGGGGUUCCAUGCUUCCUCAAUCACAGCUCGCCCCCGCACCCACACCCCACCCACGACCCCUAUCAACGAGCGACGCGAUGUCUUGGGAACAACAGCAGAGAUUGGAAAUGGAGAGGCUGAGGUCUGCUGCGACUCCCAUGCCGAGACCGACGUCGGUCCAAUCACAAGGGUAUGGGGGCGCACCGGGUCUGAUACCGCCUAUGACUCAAGCAACGCCGAGCCAGGAUUACAGAGCGGCGUCGCCCAUUCCCGCAUCGCUCCGACCGGGUGGACCGCCUCAGCUGGCUCAUCAGCCUUACUCCCAGCCCCCUCCUGCUUCGGCACCUACACAGUAUCUUCAUCAGCCGCCCACACCUGCUCCCCCGCCUCUCUCGCACUCUGCCCCUCCCACGAGGCCUCCCAAUGGUCACUAUGGUGGUGUGCCAGCGUCAUCUUAUGGCGGUCUGGCUCAACCGCCAGCUGAAUCUGUGCGAGCGGAAAGCCCAGGGCCAACUUACUACCAGCCCCAAGCCGAGCCCCCUCUUUCUCAACCAGUUACUGCCUACCAGAGCCCAGCGCAUACCGUACCGAACGGCUAUGGCUCACAACCCGAGUACGGCACCCCUACAAGGAGCGACUCUUAUCCCGCACAAGACUACCAGCAGACACCCCCGUCUGCUCAAGGGUACAAUCCUGCGUAUGCGCCUCCUCAGCCCUCUGCGAGCCCCGUGUCGUACUACUCGACCCCUCAUACCCAGCCGCCCCCUGUGCAGGUGCCGGCGCAUUCGUACUCUUACUCGCAAUCUUCGACGCAGCCUCCGAGACAAUUGUCGCCCGCUCCCCCUGUGCAGCAGCAGCAGCAGCAAACGAACGAGGGAGGUUAUGUGCCGUGGUAUCAGCAGACUCAGUCUACUCAGGCUCCUCAGGCUGUGCCUCAACCUCCGCCUACGCCAUCUUACGCAGACCAGUACGGACAGUCGGUGCCACGGCAGUCCUAUGGUCGUGCUCCUCCCCAACCCCAACACUCUUAUUCUCUACCACCACCUCCUGUACCGGAGAGACGGCCUUCAACUCUACCUGCACCGCCGGUGAAGCCGAGUGUGGGGUAUUAUCCGUCUGAUGAACUGUAUGCCCAACCGCUAGAUUCACGGACGCCUACGCCUACUCCACCUGGGGGUUUAUCUCAAGGGCAACAAAACUGGCAAGGACAAGGGCAAGGGCAGAAUGCUCAGCAGCAGCAAUGGCAAACACCGCCUGCUCAUCAGCAGGUUGCCCAACAUUCUCAUCAGCGUGAGCCGGCACAGAGCUGGCAAACCCCAUCCCAGCAGGCGACUUAUGGUCGAACCCCUUCACCGCAGCCGUCUGUUGCUCAGGAUGCUGGGUAUGCUGUUCAGCAGGCGCCGUAUCCUCCUACACCCCAGCCGCCACAGCAGCAUCAGCACCGGCCCUCGCAGAACUGGGAGACGCCUCCUCAGCAAACUGCUUACGGCCGUGCGCCCUCUCCACAGCCUCCUGUCCCCCAACAUCCCACGUACGUCGGUCAACAGGCUGCUCAUCCCUCGCAAACGCCCCAGCCACCCCAACCGCAACAGUCCCAGGCGCCAUGGCAGAGCCAAACCCAGGGCUACCAACCUCCGUAUAACUCCUACCCGCCAUCCUCCACUCCCCAGCCGGUGAAUGACCGUCAGCCAUCACCGCAACCUCCCCAACAGCAAGGCUACCAGCCCCCUCAUCCUGCUCAGUCUUACGUUGCUCCACUUGCUGCUCCCAUCCAGCAACAGGCUGUGUCAAACACCCCUCCAGCAAAGGUUGACUGGCGGACGUAUAUGCAGAAUUUGGGAGUCGCUGGCGAUUCUUCGGGUGCGGCUCCCGGGCGAGCGGCAAGUCCACAGCCGCCGCCCAAGGAUGGGGUUGUAUCGCAUACGCUGGUGCAGGCGGCUGCUCAGCAGCAACACCAACAAGCGCCUCAGCAGACUUGGUACACUCCUCCGCCAUCAUUGCCCAAUACAAUGCAACCACCAGACGGGUGGCAGAGUACAUUACCGGCGCAGAGACCGUGGUGA